GACAUUCGCGUGCUUGACAAGGGAAUCGAAAACUUGGUGCAGUCCGAUGCCGACACCUGCAGCUGCUCUGUGUCUUCCGUGCCGCAGGAGGUACGUGCGCUGGAGGAAGGAGUAGAGGAUGUCUCUGAUGGAUCGACUUGUCUGCCGUGCAACGCAGAGGAGCGACAUCAGACCGAAUCCUUACAGUUACCACACGCCCUCGACGGUGAUCUCUCCGGCCAGUCUGUAGUUAACACGCAGCACGAGCUGGACCAACUCUUUGCACAGCGAAAGUUGCUUGCUGCCCUCCAAGAAGGCUCUGGUCCAGAGAUUUGGCGUGCUGUCGUUGAAGUGCAGCACGUCACAGACCUUGUGCUCCAUCUAGGUGUUGAUGCAGCGCGCAAGCUGGCUAAACGGCUACAAGUCAUGGAAGAGCUUGGGGAGCUCACGCUGCACAUUGGUGACGAGGAUGUGGAUUUAAGUGACUUCGUUCCAGCGUUGCAAGAGCUGCCCAAGCUUCAAAAGCUGGACAUUCGAAUUCCUGGCCACUCCUUCAACUCCAUCGGCUCCCUGACCUGCGGAUGCUUCAGGAAAGGCGGCGCUGUCAAGCCAUGUGGUUUCUUCAUUCGUGGCAAGAAGGAGAGUUGCAAAAAUGCUGCCAAGUGUCUCUUCUGUCAUGCCUGCAGCAAGACGGUCCUGAACCCGAAGCGGCGCAAGGCAAGGCAUGACGAGGACUUUCGAAGAUUGGUUCGCGGAAAUACCUCAAAGCUACUUCCGGACACGGCCAACAAGUUGUUUCACGCGGAAGAGAAAACUACACGUCAGCUCCUUUCGGCCAAAAGAGACUGCAUCUGUGAGGCGUUGGACGGGUUUCCUCAUUGCCAGGAAAAUGCCGCUUGGCAGCGGUACGACAGUCUGCUGCAGCAGUGGGUCUGGAAGGUGAAAGAGGAACAGGCCAAGAGCAGACAUCUGGUUGAUGCAAGCGGUAGCGCGGCCAGCGCGUCCGAACGAUCAGCCAACCAAGCUGCGGCCUGGGACGGCCUUACCCAAAAUUGGCAGGUCUUGAUCGGCGUGGAUGCCAUGGGUAAGGCGUUUCUUGGUGGCUGGCAGAGGGACAACAUGCUGAGGGUCUCUAAAGCUCUCUGGUCAUGCAGCUUAGCAUGGCCAAACUCGCGAUGCCGACUCUUCAAGGAAAGGUUACAGCAUCUCGUUCCAGCUGCUGACCUUGCCAUACGCCUGGAUGGAGAUCAGUUCCUCGCGGCGGAGUUCUGGGCUGCUUGUGCCAUUUGUGCAGAAGAUGCUUUAUGGAGAGUGAUGAGUCGGCAGAACAGCGACGAUUCCCAGCAGGCAUGCAGCCUUCUGCUGGGCGAGGAAAUGCUGGGUCAUCCAGCUCUAGUUUCAAGGCUCUUAGACUAUGCGGUCAUGGCUUGGCGCAAGGCAUCGCAACAUCUCUCGGCUGCUUUUGAAAGCGCAGGCAUCGACCUGCAGACGGAUUAUGACGUGCUGGCCUCUUCGCUAGAAAAUGUCUCAAAGGCUGAAUCUCUGGAUGGCAAGAAGCAGAGGUGGCAACUCUACCGGAUGUACAAUCAUCCUUUGACUGCGCGACAGGUGGCUGGUCCCUCGGAAAAUCCUGAAGGACCUAGCCAAAGCCAAGACGUAGCUCGGACAGCAGCAACUUUCCAAAAGCACAUGCCAGAGCGCAGUAUGCGGCUUUGUAGCCUUGCUGCAUCUCUCUCAGAGAGGGCCAGACAGGGUACCUCAGCCCAAUGUGGACUUAAGACCUGA